CGCGCGAGCGAGCGCCGAGGUAGGGUCGGGUCCGGUCGGGUCCGGUCGGGUCCGGUCGGGAUGGGCGGCGCCUCUGCCAGCGGCCGCCGGUAACCGGCAGUCCCGAGCGCCGCGGCUGCCCUCGCCUCCGUUGUUCGACCACUCCUGUGGGAUGAAAAUGGUGGAGCCAGUGGGAUUCGUGGAGGCCUGGAAGGCUCAGUUCCCCGAGUCCGAACCGCCCAAGAUGGAGCUGCGGAGCGUUGGCGACAUCGAGCAGGAGCUGGAGAGCUGCAAGUGCAGCAUUCGGAAGCUGGAGCUGGAGGUGAACAAGGAGCGGUUCCGCAUGAUCUACCUGCAGACGUUGCUGGCCAAGGAGAGGAAGAGCUACGACAAGCAAAGAUGGGGCUUCAGGAAGUCCGUGGUGCUUGUGGAGCAAGUGGGCACGGAGCAGCCCCUGGAACCUCCACCCGCAGAAGGGCUGGAGGGGGAAAGGAGCAAGUCUCACCCCGCUGAGGACAAUUCUAAGAGGCAUUCCGGGGGAGAGGAAUGGUUGCUGGACUCUCGGAGCGAGGUGGCAAGCUCACCGACCAGGCAAAGGGCAUCUUCGCUGAGGAAGGUGGUGGCAGUGCCCGAGAGAGAGGCAUUGCGAGCUGUCGGCCAGGAUCCUGAACAGAUGGAAAGAAAGGAUAAAGCUGCAGCAGGCACAAGCGUAGCUGCAUUGAGGUCCAAUUUUGAAAGGAUAAAAAGAACCAAUUCCCAUUCCUCUGGGGACGGGAAAGGCAUGGAAAAGCCUCUGUAUGUCAAUGUAGAAUAUCACCGUGAGAAAGGAUUGGUGAAAGUCAAUGACAGGGAGGUAUCUGACAAGAUCAGCACAAUAGGGAGCCAGGCCAUGCAGAUGGAGCGCAAGAAAUCAUUGCACUCUUUGCCAGUGACAGAAUCUGCAGAGUAUCAUAUGCCUGCUUACAGAGGCAGGACCACAGAAAGCAGCUGUGGCUAUGACCCAGAGUAUGAUGAUUUGGAUCUUAAUCCAAGAUUUUUGAAGGAUAAUGUGAUCCAUGCCACUGCUAAUGGAGGUAAACCAGACAAGAUACCUUGGCAGCAAGAAUUCCAACCAUAUGAAAGUGUUUUUAUUGGGGGAAUGUUGCAGGACAAUGAUGGUAAAACGAGUAGUGACUUGCGAGACUGUGGGAAACUGCAGAAUACCACGGAUCAGGAGAAACAUCUAACGUGGCCACGGAGGUCUUAUUCACCUGGUAGUGCUGAUGACGUUGGGGGAGGAUAUACGCCAGAUUGCAGCUCUAAUGAAAACUUAACUUCAAGUGAGGAUGAUUUUUCUUCAGGUCAGUCAAGCCACGUCUCCCCCAGUCCCACCAGCUAUCAUAUUUUUCGGGAAAAAAGUCGGUCUCCUUCUCAAAAUUCUCAGCAGUCGUUUGAUAGUAGCAGUCCGCCCACACCACAGUCACAAAAACGACACAAGCACCAGGUUACCGUACAGGAAGCAACGAUCGUUGGUCUCCGGAAACCAGGACAGAUUUGGGCAACUGAAGUUGAUCUUGCCCGUAGAAAUACUCAAGAGGAUAGUUUCCAUGGAGAUCCAGGAUCGCUCUACAACUUACCGCCAACAUAUUCGUAUGAUGCAGAUCGGGUUGAAGAUCAAAGCAGGAACCGGGAUACCAUGCCCUACAUUGAUGACUCGCCUUCCUCGUCACCUCAGCUCAGUUCGAAAAGUAGAGGCAGCAGAGACACAGUAUCAUCUGGAUCCCUGGAGUCAAGUAAAUCAAGCGAACCUGAUUUGGAGAAAGGGUUGGAGAUGCGAAAGUGGGUUCUAUCUGGAAUCUUAGCCAGCGAGGAAACGUACCUGAGUCACUUAGAGGCUCUCUUACUGCCUAUGAAGCCUCUUAAAGCAGCUGCCACUACAUCUCAACCUGUUCUCACCAACCAGCAAAUAGAGACCAUCUUCUUCAAGGUUCCUGAGCUUUACGAAAUACACAAGGAGUUCUAUGAUGGGCUGCUGCCCAGAGUUCAACAGUGGAGUCACCAUCAAUGUGUUGGAGAUCUCUUUCAGAAACUGGCCAGCCAGCUUGGCGUGUAUCGAGCCUUUGUGGAUAACUAUGAAGCUGCUGUUGAGACAGCAGAGAAGUGCUGUCAAGCUAAUGCUCAGUUUUCUGAAAUAUCAGAGAAUUUAAAGGUCAGGAACACCAAAGACAUAAAAGAUCAGAACACAAAGAACUCUCUCGAAGCUCUUCUCUAUAAACCUGUUGACCGAGUCACCCGAAGCACACUUGUUCUCCAUGAUUUAUUAAAACACACUCCAGUCAACCAUCUGGAUCAUCCUUUGUUACAAGAUGCUCUCCGUAUUUCACAGAACUUCCUGUCCAGCAUUAAUGAAGAGAUCACUCCCAGGAGACAAUCUAUGACUGUAAAGAAAGGCGAGUUCCUACUGCACAAAAAGCGUUUCACAACUGCAAAUCAGCAUCGGCAGCUCAUUAAGGACAGCUUUCUGGUUGAACUCGUGGAGGGUGCUCGGAAACUUCGGCAUGUUUUCCUCUUCAGUGACCUCUUUCUGUGUGCAAAACUGAAAAAGCAAGUAGCAGGGAAGAGCCAGCAGUAUGACUGUAAGUGGUACAUUCCUCUCGCCGAUCUGAGUUUUCAAAAUCUAGAUGAAUCAGACUCUCCAACCAUUCCACUAGUACCGGAUGAAGAAUUAGACACCAUGAAAAUAAAGAUAUCUCAGAUCAAGAAUGAAAUACAAAGAGAAAAGAGAGCUAACAAGGGCAGCAAAGUAAUUGAACGGCUGAAGAAGAAGCUGUCAGAACAAGAGUCAUUGUUGUUACUUAUGUCUCCAAACAUGGCUUUCAGAGUGCAUAACAGGCAUGGCAAGAGCUAUGUAUUCCUGAUAUCAUCAGAUUAUGAAAGAGCUGAAUGGAGGGAAAUCAUGAGGGAACAGCAGAAGAAAUGCUUUAAGAGUUUUGCCCUUACCACUGUUGAACUACAGAUGCUGACAAACUCAUGUGUGAAGCUCCAAACUGUGCAUAACAUUCCAUUAACAAUCAAUAAAGAAGAUGAUGAAUCACCUGGCCUCUACGGGUUUCUUAAUGUAAUCGUUCACUCGGCAACUGGAUUCAAACAAACAUCAAAUUUAUAUUGCACUUUAGAAGUAGAUUCAUUUGGUUACUUUGUUAACAAAGCGAAGACGAGAGUCUACAGAGACACAUUGGAACCAAACUGGAAUGAGGAAUUUGAGAUUGAAUUAGAAGGCUCUCAGACUCUAAGAAUUCUGAGUUACGAAAAAUGCUACAACAAAACCAAGCUCCCCAAAGAAGAUGCUGAAAUCACGGAUAAAAUCAUGGGGAAAGGACAGAUUCAGCUGGAGCCACAAGCAUUACAAGAUAAGGACUGGCAGAGAACUGUCAUAGGAAUGAAUGGGAUUGAGGUGAAGUUGUCAAUGAAAUUCACCAGUCGUGAGUUCAGUUUGAAGCGACUACCAUCACGAAAACAAACGGGAGUCUUUGGUGUGAGCAUCGCAAUAGUCACCAAGCGAGAGAGGUCCAAAGUGCCUUACAUAGUACGACAGUGUGUGGAGGAGAUUGAGAGGCGUGGGAUGGAGGAAGUCGGAAUCUAUCGAGUAUCGGGAGUUGCCACAGACAUUCAGACCCUCAAAGCUUCCUUCGAUGCUAAUAAUAAAGAUGUCUCUGUGAUGAUGAGUGAAAUGGAUGUUAAUGCCAUUGCGGGAACGUUAAAACUUUAUUUCCGAGAGCUACCAGAGCCUCUUUUCACAGAUGAGCUGUACCCUAACUUCGCUGAGGGAAUUGUGUUGUCCGAUCCAGUUGCUAAGGAAAGCUGUAUGCAGAACCUUCUGCUUUCUCUGCCGGAGCCCAAUUUCACCACUUUCCUGUUUCUGUUGGAUCACUUGAAGAGGGUGGCAGAAAAAGAACACAUUAACAAGAUGUCGUUACAUAACUUGGCAACUGUCUUUGGACCCACUCUGUUGAGACCCUCAGAUAAAGACAGCAAAAUACCCAGCAACCCGACACAGGCAAUCACAAUGGCAGACAGCUGGUCACUGGAGGUGAUGUCACAGGUGCAAGUACUGCUGUACUUCCUGCAGCUAGAAACCAUUCCUACCCCAGACAGCAAACGUCAGAGUAUUCUGUUUUCAACUGAAGUGUAAGAGGUAGUCGGCCACGUAAUGAAUUCAGCAGAGAGACACCAACACCAUAAAGCAAUGCUCGUCUCUAACAUGAACUAAUUGUGUGAUAUCCUACCAUUAUCUUCUGUGCUGUUUGAAUUACAGUCCGUGCUCUGUCUUUUACAGCAAACCAAAAUAUGUGAAGCACUAAAGUACAGUGUAUUUGUGUACCUAUCAUGAGCUGAGGUAUUCAUGUCCUCUACGCAGUUCAAGGCAAUUCUUAUGUUACAAGGAUCUAUAAUGAUGUACAGAAGAAUGAAGGAGGUAGAUAAAUUUAAGGGUUUUUUUUUGUUAAUCAUAAUGCCCCUUUAUGAACAGGGACACAAUCACUGUUUCCUGUUGAGUUUGUGAUCUGAAAUUAGCAAACAUGGUGAGGAAUCAACCAUAUUUAAGCAGCAGGCACAUCAUUUCCACUGAUAGUCUUCCAGGAAAAAAAUGUGUUGCCUGAGUUGUACCAGUCCAUUAAUUGACAAGAUUUAACUACUAAAAUUUUGAUGAUUUAUUUUGAGUGCUCUUGAAAGCCACAAGGGCAGCUCCAGUAUUUUUUCUUUCCUAUAGAAGGCUAUGUAUAGGUUUAAGUAAUGUUUGAGCAAUACACUACAAUGCCAUCAGCUGUGCUUCACUUCGUGCAGCUGAUUGAUGUUAGAAUGCAACUUCCCAGGGUAUCAGCACCCAGCACCCAUUUCGUGCCAUAUUAAACAUUCCAGUCCUGCCUCAGUAUUGGUGACAGUGGAACUGCCAAAUAGUCAUAAAAAUCUCAUCUGGUUUACUAAUGAACUUCAGGGAAGGAAAUCUGCCAUCCUUACCGAGUCCAGUUUGACACCAGCUAGGCUAUCUUCACUGCCCUCUGCAAUGGCCUAGCAAACCAUUGCGUUUUCAUGUCAAUGUGAUGAUACUGUAUUGGUUCUGGAAAAUGGCUCACCACCAAGGGCAGUUCGAAUUGAUAGAAAAUGCUGGUCUUGCUCCAGUAAGAAACAAAGAAGAAGAGAUUAACAUGCAGGCAUGUUGAAUACAUUAUGUACUAAGAUUCUCACUAUUAAUUUCUAUUGUAUUUUUCCUUGAAGCUGGUUAUUUUGUGCUUUACCAAUGUUUAUGAUGAGUGAAAAUUGUUUAUAGAUGAACCUACAGACCUAAUAUUCUCCCACCAAUUAAUCAGUUGAGAAGCAUUGUCUUCCAAAUACCAGUUUCCUUUUCCAUGCUCUAAACUGAUAUAUUUCCAAGUCAGAGGGUCAAAUUUAUCACAGCCUGCAGAUGGAAAGGACUGAGAAGUUAGGAAGGUCAAGCCUGAACAGGCUGAGAGGUUUCCAGCAGUAACCCCUCUGAAACUUGUUGCCAACUCUAACGGAUUCACUUCCAUGGGCAGAAGCAACCAUCAGACGCCUGCUUCUCAUGGGUUCUAGUUCCCUCUUGAGUAGAGCUCCCCACACAGCAGAAGCGUGGUCCUACAGGCACAUUCUUUCACUGGACUUUAUCCUAUUGACUCUCCCACCACAGAUGUUACUGACCAGUUAUUUCCAGCUUUUUCGUAUGUUAGUUGGUUUAGUUAUCUACAGAGUAAUUUCUUAUAUAUGUAAUCCCUGAGGUGGUUACUGUCACUUCCGUCUGGUUUCACAGUCGGGAGGUUACUGUGAUUCCUUACAGCGUGGACAACAUCAUGUUAACUAGUUAGUCACUGCAUGUUUUGAUAAUCCAUGUUGAACAAAUUCCUUUUUGGGACCAAUUGUAAUAAGAAACAAGUCAUUCCUGCAGGAACUGUCUGCAAUUCUUAACAAUCUUAUUUAAAUCUACUUUAAAUAUGAAAUGAACAGUUAAUGUGGACCAGCAGAAGAUGUACAUGUGGAGCAUAUUCUUUCCUGAGUAGCCAUUUCACACAUUCCAGGAGCAUGUGGUCUCUCUAGCCUGCUCUUUUAGAUCGGAUCUUGGCAUCAUUUCCACUUCCCUGCCUGCUCCACGUAAUCCUCGUCUUCUCAGUAUCAGUCCAGAAAUCUGUGCACAGUGGCUGUUGUCGGCAACUGCAUCCAUGGCUUUCUGGAGUAGAGAACUCCAAAGAUUGAUGAAACAUUAAAUAACCCCUUAUUCUGAAACUAUGCCCCUAAUCCUAAAUCCUCCACCAGGGAAGCAUUCUACUAAAUUCCAGUGCCUACAUUCAAACUCUCAAUGUGCUCAACCUCUCUUUAUAAAACAACAACUUCAUCUAGGAAUCAUCCUGAUGAAGUUUGUGCAUGGAAGUAAAUCCCUCCUCAAAUAACAUAACUGUAGGUUGUGUGGGGCACCUUUCCUCUUCACCCCCGCUGUAGGUAGGCUGGAGCCAUAGGGAUGAAGGUGGGACGGGCAGUGACAGUGGGGUGGUCGCAUUGUUCUUUCUCUUCGGACAUCCAAAAAUCACAACAGGAGCAGUUCAUCUCAAAUCAGGAAAUAAUUGUGUAAGUCUAUACCUUUUGAGAAAGAAAUCCUGAAGAUAUUAGUAUAAGUGGAAGACUGAUCUAUGAGCACCUGGAGCAGAAAGGUGAGUGAUGUUUCCAGUAAGGCUUUCCAUCAGAUUUUAGACUCUGUCCCCUUUGAUGUGAAAUAUCUAGUUAGUACAUCCCAUUCCAAAGUCAGAGGUGAGGAAUGUGUUCUAGUAACUAUUCAGCAGCAUCAAUGUGCCUUUCCUAAAAUGUAUGUAGUCACCUUCAUGUCUGUCUUGAUAGUCCUGAUCUGCCCUCAUAUAUCUUCCCCAGAAUAUUCAUGUCAUGCUACAUUCAAUCAGGGAAUUUUAAAAAAUGGUUAAAGUGAAAAAAAGGAUAAAGUGAAAAAGUGGGUUCAGCCAUCUUUUAAUAGAAGUGCCUCAUCAGCAUGAGAGCAGAAAUUAAUGCUUCAGUAUAUUUAAAAUAGACAAGAGUGUUCUUUAUACUGUCAGGAGUGUUGAAAAAAUGUGUCGGCAUUAUUAAAACAGGAAAAAUUCUUUUGAAAGCUGCAUUCUGCCAAAACCUUGCAACUUUUUUAUGUCAAUACAAAUAUGUUUGAGGUGGAUGCAGCCUCAUUAACUUGUAAAUGUUGAUUGUAUUGAGUUUUAAAAUGACUGGAGAUUCCUGUAUUGUUACUUUUCUCCUGAAAGCGUUGAUCUAGUAUGAAAUGAAAUUAAAAAUGGGAAAUUAACAAGCAUUGUAUUGAAGGAUUGUCAAUAACUGAAAGGAAGUAAUAGAAUGGGAAAUCAAGGGUGGAUUAAAAUGUUAUAAUAUUGUUAAAAAGAUGUGGUUAUCCCCUUCACCAGAAGACUGUAAACCCUUGUACCCACUCUUGAUGUAUUGAAAUUUUUCAGACACCUGCUCAGUCUAGGAAUGUGGGUUAGAGUUAUUUAUUAAAAUAAUGAGAAUUAAAUUAUAUAAUUAGUACUUAUUCACGUCUUGUGUAGAAGCCUAUGGCUCCAUGCAUUUUUGAUUGUCAGUCGAAUUGAGAUAAAUUUGUGGGUAUAUUCCAUUAGAGUUGAUGCAUCAUACAGUAGCACUGCUUCCUAUAAGUAUUUACUCAUUGUUUCAUGUACUUGAUUUUCUUCUUAAUUUGAAGGAUUAUUCUGUACAAGAUGCUUUGGCCCACAGGUGGUGGGAAUUGGAGGGGUGGAACGGGGAGAGACAGAGACAGUUUUGAUUUAUGUUAGACAACUGUUGGUUUAAGUUUCUGUCACUUUCUAAAGGCAGUUAGCAUGACAGGAAUUUGUAUUUGAAAAAAUCCCAAGGCAUUUGUAGCCCCUGUUUGUACACAGCAAAUGAUAAAUAAAAUACCUGUAUCUAUA